AUGGGUCAAAAGGCAACUACAGAGCUCCUGGCCCAUGGUCAGAAGGCUUGGAUAGAGAAGACCUUUUCAAAAAGAGAAUGCGUUUAUGUAAUUGCCAACAACAAAGACGUUAGCAGGUGCUGCUGUGGUCAGCUCAUUAACCAGCAUAUUCCACCUCCUCCAAGUACAACAGCUAAUAAAAAUGGAGAAGAAACAAAGCAAGUGGAAGCUCAGCCAGAGAAGUGGUCCAUCAGCAAGCACACCCAAACGUACCCAACUGAUGCUUAUGGAAACCUUGAAUUCCAGGGAGGAGGACAUUCAAAUAAGGCCAUGUAUAUCCGUGUGUCGUAUGACACCAAACCAGAUUCUCUGCUGCAUCUCAUGGUGAAAGACUGGCAACUAGAAUUGCCCAAACUCUUAAUCUCUGUCCACGGAGGCCUCCAGAACUUUGAAAUGCAGCCAAAACUGAAACAAGUAUUUGGAAAAGGUCUGAUAAAGGCUGCCAUGACCACCGGAGCCUGGAUUUUCACUGGAGGUGUUAGUACAGGUGUCAUUCGUCAUGUGGGAGAUGCCUUGAAAGACCAUUCUUCAAAAUCCAGAGGACGAAUUUGUGCCAUAGGAAUUGCACCAUGGGGCAUUGUAGAAAACAAGGAAGAUCUGAUAGGAAAAGAUGUAACACGUGUUUAUCAAACAAUGUCAAACCCUCUAAGCAAGCUUUCUGUGCUCAACAGUUCCCACACCCACUUCAUUCUGGCAGACAAUGGUACUCUAGGUAAAUAUGGAGCUGAAGUGAAGUUACGACGUCAGUUGGAAAAACACAUUUCUCUCCAGAAAAUUAAUACACGUAAGUACAGUGGGGCAAGUUGUAAACAUAACACAUUAAAGGAAGGGAAGGUGUAGAGGCUAGAAAUACUUCAUGGUAUUGAAAUUAAGUGUUUCUACCAGCUCUUCCUAGCAGGAGUUUGAUCAGGACUGUGAGACUAAGCUAGACAUACGCUGUGUGAAUAGUGAUGGAAGAGCCCACAUCAUAGAAAACCCAGAAAAGUAAAAGAAAAUGACAUAGGAGGAGGAUGAAAAGAUUGAAAAAUAAUAGUAAGAUGAAGGUUCAAAGCAAUAAGAAUUUAAAGAAAGGAAAAUAUAAAAUAUUUAUGCAUUUCUGGAAAGAAUUCUUAAGCAUCAGUAAAUGCAUAGAAUGAGAUGAUUUUCUGCACAUCCCACUUAUGGGAAUCCUCUGUAUCUCUGUGGCUUCUGAUUCCAGGUGUUAUUACAAAAGGGUUUUUUUUUUCUCUUUUAUAUGGAUUGCUUUCAUUUGAAAUAUUGCA